UAUUCUCCUCUGACUGUCAGCGGUGCGCAACACAGGGCAGCGUUCUCACGACUGAGAGGCGUUGCGCCCUAGCUCCCGAAAAAAACACACCGACACGUACUGGCAUUUGACAUUGACAGUCUGGGGAAGUUAAAAAAUUGACCCUGGAUAGCCGUCAACUCCUUACGACAAACAGAGAGAAAACUUUGACUUGAAAACAAGGAAUGGCUAAGACAUUGGCUUCAUUGGCGUCCUGCUGUGACAUGGCCUCUUAGGUGCUGUUCCUCUCAGGUGUCCACACCUGGUCAAGAAAGCGACAGGCAAGCUGUUGAGAGAAAUCAGCAGCGAGUGGACAGAGCAGACCCAGCAGACGGACAGACGGACAGACAGACAGACGGACGGACGGACGGACUCUGCAGAAGAACGGCAGCAUCUGCUAAAUCCAUUGUGGCAGCUCACUCCAGGUGGCCUGUCCCUUUCAGCUGACUGUAGAGGCGGGGGGGAAGCAACACAGAGAAAGAGAGAGAGAGGGAGGGAGAGAGAGAGAGAGAGGAAGAGGACAUUCCCAUGCCUACAGGGCUCUGCCGUCAGCUGUGGGGAUGUUUGUCUGUGCUGCUUCCAGGCCUAUCAUUAGGCCGCUGGGCCCAGUGCUGAGGAAUGGAUAGCCCUACUGUCACCAUGGCCAAUACUGUCAUUAUUGCCGUGAUUUUACUGCAUCGGUCCAAGACUGUUUGAUUUUUUGUUUGCCAAUUUUGUUUUGUUUUGCUUUGUUUGUUUUCUUUUUUUUCAGUUUACUUACUGAAGCAGCCGUGGGGUUUGGUAUACCCACAUAUUAGCAUUAAGCCUACCGAGAAAAGGGCAGCUCAAGCUAUUUUUUGGACUAAGAACCCAAAUCUGCAAGAUAUGCUUAUUUAUUCAUAGGAUUUCCCCCCCUUUUUGUCACUGUAAUUGCCUGUUUUUUUCCAAAACAAUUUGAGGAAGCUGCUUUACAAAAAAAAAGGAUUACACAGACAUUAUGGCAGCAACAUAUCGGAUUGUAGUGAGCAGCAUCAACUGCUACAACAGUGUGGUGAUAGACCGGCGAGUGCAGCAUACGGUACACUACUGUAACGGGCCUUGUGGCGCCCUCAAGCAUGGCCUGAGCUGCACGGUUGCCCACCGCAGCACCUGCGCUGAGCUGCUGGACGCCCCCGUGCCCAGCGCACACGCCCAAGGAACUCAUGAGUCAAUCAGCAAAACACUGGACAAUGUCGGCUCCGUGUCAGGAGUUUACGGCGACGACUACCACCAGACCUUCCCCGGCCGCCUGAAAAAAGGAUCGGGCAUGCAGAGCUCCGGCAGCCUCAAGGACAUCACGGGCGAGGCGAUCAACCUGGCCAGCGGCAAGAUGAAGGAGUUCUCGUUCGAGAAGAUCAAGUACUCCUCCAGCCACGUGACCUUCAGGAAGGGCCGCAAGGUCCGGCCGGACUCGUUCAGCCGGAGGUCCACCGACCUGGACAUCAUCUACGGCCACUUCACGGGCAACGACGAGAACUGCCCGCCCUUCGGCCUCGUGCAGAAGUCGGUGCUGGAGGAACACAAGCUGAGCCGCAGCGCCUCGCUGGAGCACAGCCUCAACACGGUGGCCAACCUGUACCGCAGCAGCUUCCCCGAGGAGAGCCUGAUCGCCCGCAUCCUGGAGAAGACCAAAGCGGACAGCGGCGCCUCGGGCGAGGACAUCAAGGCCUGCCUGGACAUACUGCUCAAGUGCUCCGAGGACCUGAAGAAGUGCACGGACAUCAUCAAGCAGUGCAUCAAGAGAAAGGCGGACGGGGACAACGACUCCACCAAUCCGGACGUCAUCUACAAGAACGUGAUGACGCGCCUGUCGAGUUAUCUCAAGAGGCUGCCGCUGGAGCUGGAACAGGGUCGGCAGGAGCACAGCGACCUGGCGGAGCUCGUCAGCGCUCUGCACAGCCUGCAGCAGAGCGCCUUCUCCCCCAUCUUUGGCAACGAGCAGCCGCCGCGGUAUGAGGAUGUCGUCCAGUCUCCGCCGAUCUCCAAACCACGGCCGAAUACAAACGCUCCCCCCUCCCUGGUACCUUCCACCGCAUCCUCCCAGGCCGAGUGCCACGACGUGCCCUCUCAGGAACCCGUGGGAAAUGUGAAAGCAGUAAAACAGAUGUACGGCGGUCCCCCGGCUCGGGCGCCCACCCCGACUAACAGCGUGCACCAUGGAGUGCAGACCAUGCCACCAAGCUCACUGCCGUACAGCGUGAACAACAGCCUUCGUCGUGACGCUUUCUCGUCAGCGAACUCUCUUCUCUCGUGCAGCAGUGACAGCCUCUGCAAGGACACUAUGGAGGCCUUGUACAUAGAGGAGGAGGCCGACCUGGGCAGGAUGCCCGAAAGGCUGUCCAGAGCGGAGGGCAAAGCCAUGAUGAGCAGUGCAGCAGCAGCAGAGGCUAAGCAUUUCUCGAAGAAACCCAUUGGCAUGCCCGAGCCAACCAGCACCAGCAUGGAGUCAGAUAAACUGUCCGAGGCUGCCAGGACUGGGGCAUUAUACAAGCCAAAGGCUGAGUCCCAUGCCAACCAAAUGUACUCCCUGGCCAAGACGGCUCAUAUGGAUCCCAGGACAGUUUCGAAGCCCGUUGCUCAAACCUCUAGAGGUAGUGGCAGUGAGGACAUAGACAAGCUGCUGAUGGACUUAGAGUGCCUUUCACAGACUAUGCAAAAGGAGCCUCCGUUGCCUCCUAAGAUGAGGAACCAACACCUGAGACAAGGUGCACAGCAGCCAACAAGCACAACACACAGCAGCAGCUUCAGCAGCAGCAGCAGCAGCAGCAUCCCUGCACCGAAGGCCAUGGUGGCCUCUAAAGCUCCAGUCUCCUCGUUUGCCACACUGCCCAACGCCACUGGAGGCUCUGAAGAGGGUGGUGGUGAGGAGGACGACGGAGAGCUACUCAUGCGGAUCCUGGAGAGCAUUGAGAGCUUCGCCCAGGAGCUGGUGGAGAGCGGAGCAGUCACGGGCACCCAGAACAAAGAGAAGGAGGUGAUGCGUCUCCUCCAGGACACGUUGGCUACCACCGCAGCCGCCGUAACUCCCACUCCUACCACUGCCGGUGUUGGCCCAGUCACAGUCGCGGCCAAGCCACAGCUAGAACCUGCCGUACCCCCUCCAGCUCCAGCUCCAGCUCCAGCUUCAGCUCCAGCUCCAGCUCCAGCUCCAGCUCCAGCUCAGGUCCCCAAACCUGCUCCCACACCUGUUUCAGAUGCUGCUCCUUCAUCUGUGCCCGCAGCCAAACCUGCUGCGGUUGCUGCUGCUGUUUCAAUUGGAGCUGUUGCCCCUGCCCCUACUCCUUCCCCUGCCCCUGCCCCUGUACCUGCCCCUGCCCCUGCCCCUGCUCCUGCCCCUACUCCUGCCCCUGCUCCUGCCCCUGCUCCUGCCCCUGCCCCUGCCCCUGCCCCUGUCUCUCCCCCUGCCUCUCCACCUGCCUCUCCCCCUGUGCCUCCACCUGCCCCUAAGGAGACAGAGACGGGCUCUACAUUGCUGAUCCAGCAGACCCCAGAAGUCAUCAGGGUACAGAGCAACAACAACAGCAGCAGCCCUAACAGCAAACCAGAGAAGAAGCCUGGCACCCCACCUCCGUCCCCUACCCAGGCCCCCUCCUCUCCAACCCCGCCGCCCCUCACGCCACCUCCUGCCAUCAGCGUAGUGGUCGCGCCCCCUCCCGUCUCCAUAAACAUUCCACGCUUCUAUUUCCCCAAAGGCCUGCCCAACUGCUCCGCCAACUAUGACGAGGCCAUUGCCAAGAUCGAGAGUGCCUUCACCGAGUUCGAGGAGGAGAAAGCGGACAUUUAUGAGAUGGGGAAGAUCGCGAAGGCCUGUGGCUGCCCUCUGUACUGGAAAGCACCCCUGUUCAACAGCGCCGGCGGGGAGAGGACAGGCUUCGUCUCGGUCCAUUCUUUCAUCGCAAUGUGGAGAAAGUCCCUCCACAGCUACCAUGAUGACUCCUCCAGGUUUCUUCACUUGUUGGCCAAACCUGGCUGCACUUUCCUGGAGCAGGAGGACUUCAUCCCCCUAUUACAAGAUAUUGUGGACACUCAUCCUGGGCUGACCUUUUUAAAAGAUGCACCCGAAUUCCAUUCGCGGUACAUUACAACAGUGAUUCAGCGGAUAUUCUACACAGUAAACCGCUCCUGGACGGGUCGAAUCACCAUGACAGAGCUGAGGAGGAGUAACUUUCUGCAGACUCUUGCCCUGUUGGAAGAGGAGGAUGACAUCAACCAGAUCACAGACUACUUCUCCUAUGAACACUUCUAUGUCAUCUACUGUAAAUUCUGGGAGCUGGACACUGACCAUGACCUCUUCAUCGACCCCAAGGACUUGGCCAGAUAUAAUGAUCAUGCCUCAUCAAACAGAAUCAUUGAGCGCCUGUUCUCUGGAGCUGUCACAAGAGGGAACUCAGUGCAGCGGGAAGGACGGAUGAGUUACGCCGAGUUUGUCUGGUUCCUCAUCUCUGAGGAGGACAAGAAAAAUGCAACCAGCGUGGAGUACUGGUUCCGCUGCAUGGAUGUGGAUGGGGACGGGGUGCUGUCCAUGUACGAGCUGGAGUAUUUCUAUGAGGAGCAGUGCGAGCGCAUGGAGGGCAUGGGCAUCGAGCCACUCCCCUUCCACGACCUCCUCUGCCAGAUGCUCGACCUGGUCAAGCCAGAGUGCCAAGGUAAAAUAACAUUACGUGAUCUGAAGCGCUGCAGGAUGGCACACAUAUUCUUCGACACGUUCUUCAACCUUGAGAAAUAUCUGGACCAUGAGCAGAGAGAUCCAUUUGCGGUGCAAAAGGAUCUGGACAGUGACAGUCCAGAACCGUCAGACUGGGACAAGUAUGCUUCAGAGGAGUAUGAGAUCCUGGUGGCAGAGGAGACAGCCAAUGAGCAGCUUCAGGAGGGGUCAUUUGAGGAUGACUAUGAAUCUGAUGAGCUCACCGUCCCUACCGAGAUUGGGAAUAAAAUUGACAAGCUGGUCAUCUCGGACCUCUCUGCAUGAGCAUCUCAGUCUGCACUUUUGCGCUCUCAUCUGCAGGAGCAACACAUAAUAUGAUAUGUAUCGACAGAGAGAGCGAGAGAGGAAGGGGGACAAAGAGAUGGGGGAGGGAGCUUCUCAAUCCGUGCCCUCUCUACUACUGAAAGGGAAAUACUGCCUUUUUCUGCAUUAAGAAAUGAACUUUUCUAUAUACAUGUAUGUACAACUGUGUGUUAAGUGUGUGCCCGUGAGAGUCUGUGAGAGUGCGCGUGAGUGAGCAGUGUGCGUGUAUGUACAGGGGUUCAGUAGAGCUGAUUUCUAAACCAAAAGGCUUCUUUUAUGUGCAAUAUGUCUUAACGUGUAGGGCGAAUCACAUUUUCCACCUCUCUAGUGAAACAUUUUUUUGAGCCCCCCAACCCCAAACUUCAAACUGCCGGCAGAUGUCAUCCAUCCAUUUCAAGACUGUUCGUUCUUUUCUCUUUUUUUGGUGAGAAAAUGACUUAUAAACUGGGCUUUGAAGUAUGAGGACUUCAGCUGCCACAUGUUACCAAGGGAGACAGACUAAGAUGGAGAUGGACUCUUGUUUGUCUUGUCUCAUGCCCAAUGUUGCUGCAACAAAGCUUGACUUUCAAUGUAACUUACAAAUCUGUCUUUAUUAUUUUCUAAACUAAAUUCUUUUCAGCAUUCAGUUUCGAAAAUGUAUAGCUUAGGUUAUGCUGAAAGAAUGUGAUUUUGUUUCUUUGCGUUUCUUGUUUGAUUUUUUUAAUGAUGUAAUGUUGGCAAUGUCUCUUUUGUUCAACAACUAUGAUAGUUGGUGAGACACAGUGCCUCCCUGUGGUAAACAGUAGUACUGCGUGGAAACAGGACAUGGGUUGCAUAGGCAAUAGGCUACAGUACAAGGUCACGGAGUUGUUUUUACUUACAGCGCUUAUGGGAGAAGGCUUGUGAGGAGCAAGGCUAAACAUUUCCACAUGCAACAGUAUAUUGGCUUUUAUAUACAGUUUAUCUGUACGGAGUGUACAUUUUCACAUGUAGAUUGAGGGCUUAGUAUGACAAAAAAAUAUUUACUGUACUGUCUCUAACUCUCCAAGCCAUGAGUUCAAGCUUGUUGCAAGUUUUUGCAAGUGCUAGUAUUGCUUUCAACCAUAACUCCAUGCUCAGCUAGGGGUUUUUAUUCUUAGUUGUUAGAAAGGCUGUCUGUGAGGUAAUGUGGGGUCAGUGGGACUUCCAAUGCAAUAUUAAUUAUGUGUAAUUAAUUAAAAAAUGUCCUGCUGGAUAAACAACUGUGUAGACUAGAGGUAAAAACAAUAUCAAGACUGGCGUCCCUUACCGUGCGUAACUCUCAAGUGAGGUUCCCACGGUCACAUAGUCAGUCACAUUGUUGUCACAUGGCUGUUGAAGCAUGACCAGGCUUAAGGCUUCAGGUGUCAUUGGACAUGGACAAAGGCCAUCUCCUUACCUUUUCCCCAGAGGUGCCCACGGUCAGUUAGUUCCGCCUGUGACAGUUACCUGUAACGGUGCGACAAUGACGUUGCACUUUGCCACCAAUCCCAUGCAGAGUUCCUGUUCACCCCCCUGUUGCCAUGGUGAAUGACACCCCGAACUCCCAACCAAACAAAGCUCAAGGGAGGAUGCAGAGGUUGCCAGCCUCAAACUGCCAGCAUGAUCUGAUUUUGUGCUCUGCUCUCACCACAGAGGUUUCAGUCCAUGCCCCAGUCCCUUGAUCAUCAUUUUGCAUUUUGUGAGUGUCUAUUUGUGGCAGAUGUUGCUCCCUUCAGUCUUGUACUCAGACAAACAGCCGUUUUCUCUGUGCGCUGAUCCCAGUGGACAUCUUCAGUCUGCACAGUGAUGUGUGUUUUUGUAAUUAGUGUAAUAUAUUCAUAUAUGCAAAGUGCAUAGAUUUUGCAAGCCAGCUAGCUGCCUGUGUACUGUAGUGAAUUAUUUUUUGACCCUAUAAUAGGACAUUUAUUUUAUAUAGCCUCUGUAAAUGUCUACUUUGUUUUUGUUUUUUGUUUUCUUUUCCCAUGUGAUCAACUCUGCCACUGAGUGGCAAAGAAAUGUUAAAUUAUGACAUGUCUGUGAUUGCCAGUGUUAUAUUAUGUGCAGUAAGCUGAAUCUGUGUUUAAAUUUUGUUAUUUCAGUUUUUUUUUUGAGGGAAUUUUGUAUAAAUUCAUUAUAAGGUGACAAUCAAACUGGAUACUACGAUGUCUUUGCAAUGUGUUUUUUAGCUCUCCUUUGUAGUCUGCAAAGCUGUCCAAGCAAUAAAAAAAACUGCUGUACCAAUCAGGCUGAUCAGAACAACAAAAACAACACUGCCAAAAUCAAGACUUGAAAAUAAAGUUGAACACCAUAAUCACGUUCAUCACUCACAUAGGCUCCUCUAUGCAAAAUAUCACCCUCUGUAGUAAAAAAAAACACUUUGCAGCUAUAGAAUCUGUUUUGAGCAGCAUCCUUUUUUUGAGUGUUGUCGUUGCCUUUUGAGGUUUUUUAUUUGUAUAUUUUCCACUAUUUUUCCUGCAUCUGUUUGUAUGUCUUGCUUGCAUACGGUGAGGAGUGACGAGUAGCUUCCCGAAGUGCUCUAAUGAAUCAGCUCUUAUAUCUUAGCAUGACUUUCAUUUUUUUUUUUUGCUUUCUUUCUUUCCUUUCUUCCCUUCUUUGUUUGUUUCCCUUUCAAAUGUAUUAAAUUAAAUAAAAACCUAUAAGAACAACA